AUGGGGUGGCCGCGGCAGCUGCUGCGGCAGCUACCGGCGAGAUGCUAUCACGCCCAUGUGGAUGCUGGCAGCUGCACCGGCGCCUCGUUGAGCGCCUCGCUGCUGGCCGCCCAGGCCGCGCCAAACCCCGCGGCGCGCCUGGCGCGCCUGGACGACGCGCUGCUGGCGGCGCUGGUGAUGCGGGACUGUCCCCAGCGCCUUUUGGCGGACUUUGCGUGCGGCACCUGCGUGGGACCGCCGAAGGACUUCCGCCUGGGCACCCUGCUGGCGACGGUGCGAAAGGCACACCAGGCCUUUCCGUCAGGUGCUCGAGCGGACCUGCCGGCCCUGCCCGACGCGAAAGAGAUCUCCUGCGAGCCGGCACGGGUAGACGCCGCCUACAAGGAGGCGGCCGCAGAUGUCUCGGCGCAGCCCGCGCGGGUGGCGUGCUUGCGCCUUGGCCAUCAGAUAUCGGAUGAUCGGAUGGAUCAGAUAUAA